AUGAAUGAUUCUUCCUCUAAUUCCCUAGCCCCACCACCUCCUUUACCACCACCUCCUUUAUUACCGUUACCACCAUCCGAUGGAUCUCAAUCAUCCUCUCCUGCUCCAACCUCAUCCCUCUCUACCCACGACAACAUAGAAUCGAGUAAAUCCCGCAUCACCACCAUUACAUCUCACGAUAAAUUAGAGUCUCCUGAUGGUGAUGCCAUUGAUUCCACAAAAUUAUCUCAAACCCAAAAAAUGCUUCAACAAUUAUUGAAAGACCCUUUAUUGUCGGAUCUGGCAAAAUUGAACAAUGAAGAUAAUAUCAGCUUGGAAGAAGUGGAUACUUUGAUCGCUUUGGAAACUGGUACUGCAUUCGAAAUAAGAAUUGAACGAGAUGGACUAGAACCAAUUGUGGUUCGACAGAAUUCUACAAUUGCCGAUAUAAAAAAAUUAAUUAAAUUCAAGAUUGAACAUCAAAGAAAACAAAACAUUCAACCUGGUUCGAAAAGAAAAAUCAGUUGGAAAUACAUUUGGAAAACCUAUUGUCUGAUUUUUGAAAAAAAACGAUUGUUACAAGACAAAAUGCCCAUACAAGAAUACGGUAUCCGUAGUGGUAGUGUAUUAAGAUUUUCGAGGUUCAUAGGGAAACAGGCGCAACAAUUGAACAGGAAAUAG